AUGACCAUCCCAGACGAGGUUGAUAUCAUCAUCUGCGGUGGCGGUAGCUCGGGAUGUGUCCCUGCGGGACGCCUCGCUAAUCUCGAUCCUAAGCUGUCUGUCUUGUUGAUUGAGGCAGGCGAGGAUAACUUGAACAACCAAUGGGUUUACCGGCCUGGUAUAUACCCGAACAACAUGAAGCUUGAUUCGAAGACGGCAUCGUUUUAUAAAUCCAGGCCAUCUGAGCAUUUGGAUGGUCGCCAGGCUAUUGUUCCAUGCGCCAACAUUCUUGGAGGUGGCAGCUCUAUCAACUUCAUGAUGUACACCAGAGCAUCUGCAUCCGAUUACGACGACUUCCAAGCAAAGGGCUGGACAACUAAGGAACUUCUUCCAUUGAUGAGGAAGCACGAAACAUACCAACGUGCGAGCAAUAACCCGGAACUGCAUGGCCACGAGGGACCUAUCAAGGUCUCAUUCGGAAACUAUACGUACCCGAUCAAGAAUGACUUCCUUCGUGCUGUUGAAACGCAAGGAAUUCCCUUCACUGAUGACUUGCAAGAUUUGAAGACUGCCCACGGCGCAGAACACUGGUUGAAAUGGAUCAACCGCGACACAGGACGACGAAGCGAUGCAGCCCACGCCUAUGUCCACAGCACCCGAGCCAGACAUUCCAACCUCCACCUCCAAUGCAAUACCAAAGUCGAGAAGAUAAUUGUUGAAAACGGCCGUGCUGUUGGAGUCCUGACAGUUCCAACCAAGCCUCUCAGCGGCGGAGAACCAGUUCGCAGGAUCUUCAAGGCCCGAAAGCAAAUCAUUCUCAGUUGCGGCACAAUGAGUUCUCCACUUGUUCUCCAGCGGUCUGGCUUCGGUGACCCAGAGAAGCUGCGCCGGGCUGGUGUCAAGCCCCUGGUCAACCUGCCAGGUGUGGGCCGCAACUUCCAGGAUCACUACCUUACUUUCUCCGUCUACCGCGCCAAGCCCGACGUUGAGUCUUUCGAUGACUUCAUUCGUGGAGAUCCCAAAGUUCAGAAGAAGGUCUUCGAUGAGUGGGAUAAGAAGGGCACCGGUCCAUUGGCCACUAACGGUAUCGAUGCCGGUGUCAAGAUUCGUCCUACCGAGGAAGAGCUAGGAGAUAUGAAGAAGUGGCCGACCCCAGACUUUACAGAGGGGUAUGAGUCGUACUUCCGGAACAAGCCUGAUAAGCCUGUCAUGCAUUACUCUAUCAUUUCUGGCUGGUUCGGAGACCAUAUGCACAUGCCCCCUGGCAAAUUCUUUACAAUGUUCCACUUCCUGGAAUACCCCUUCUCACGUGGACACACCCACAUCCAGUCGGCCGACCCUUACGAAGUCCCAGACUUUGACGCGGGCUUCAUGAAUGACAAACGCGAUAUGGCCCCUCUGGUCUGGGGAUAUAUCAAGUCACGCGAGACUGCCCGACGCAUGAGCUCGUACGCUGGAGAGGUCACUGCCAUGCAUCCUCAGUUCGCCUUCAACUCACCAGCACGGGCGCAAGAUAUGGAUUUGGCCACCACCAAGGCAUAUGCCGGCACGAACCAUAUCUCUGCCGGUAUCCAACACGGCUCUUGGACCACUCCAUUGGAACCUGGAAAGCAGUCUUCGGCUUCAACCCUCAACUCCAAUGCACAUGAAGCUCGUGAUACUAUGGAGUACAGUGCUGAAGAUGUCAAGCACAUUGAGAAGUGGGUUUCCCGUCACGUCGAGACAACCUGGCACUGCCUUGGCACAUGUAGCAUGGCUCCACGAGAGGGCAACUCCAUCGCACCCCAUGGAGGUGUUGUUGAUGAGCGCCUCAAUGUCCACGGUGUCAAGGGCCUUAAGGUUUGCGACUUGUCCAUCUGCCCUGACAAUGUUGGCUGCAACACUUUCAGCACUGCCCUCCUUAUCGGCGAAAAGUGCGCAAUGUUGGUUGCAGAGGACCUUGGCUACUCUGGAGCCGAUUUGGAUAUGAAGGUCCCUAAUUACCAUGCUCCAUCCGAAUUCGCCAAUCUUUCUCGCCUCUGA